AUCCUUAUACUAGUCAUGGAAACAGGACUCCCCGAAAACUACGCUAUCCAAGUGUCUCGUACUCAUAACAGAGAGUACUACGUAAACAAUGUCACCGGUGAGUCUUCUUGGGAACCUCCCGCCGGCACCGACAAACAGAAACUCGAUAAGUACCUCGAAGAGUUUGAAAACAACGGAUACAAGCCUCUUGUAAAUAGUAACAAACAGGUCAGAGCUACGCAUUUGUUGGUCAAACACAACCAGUCCAGAAGACCAAAGUCUUGGAAGUCUCCCGAUGGCAUCACCCGGUCUCGAGAUGAUGCCAUCCGUUUGAUCAAGCAGUACAGAGAAAAGGUAUUGAAGGAGAAUAUCCCCCUCGGAGACUUGGCCGCCACUGAGAGUGACUGUUCGUCCCACAGUCAGCACGGUGACUUGGGCUGGUUCGGAAAGGGCCAAAUGCAGCCUCCAUUUGAAAUCACUUCUUUCAACUUAAAUGUAGGAGAAUUGAGUGAGCCAGUUGAGACUGAUAGUGGCAUCCAUUUGUUGUUAAGAACCGGUUAAACAAGAUUGUAUAUCAUAUAUGUAUUAAAUGACACUUAUUCACAGU